GAAAGCCUUCGUGACACGUCAAGUGGCUGUCAGUUGUGACAUCUUGCCUCAUCCCGGAAAAUAUGUCGGGCUCAAGGCCACUGGUGGCUCAGAGUUGACAGAAUGAGUGGUAAAUCCUUCAUAUCUUUCAUAUGUCCUUGCGGUGCCUGGUCAUUGGCAGUGCGAUCGUCUUCUUCGCCUCCGUGAUCCAUGCAGAACGGUCCAAAAUCGAACACCAGGCACUGGAAACAGACCCUGGCAGCCACGGUCAUGAGCAUUGCAAGCAGUGGUCCGCUUUGAAAGCAGUCUUGCAAAGCCUGGGCAUUGAUGGGGUCGAUGAUUUGAAACGGUGGCAGAUCAUUUGGAGCAAGUGCGAGGUCGAACAAAUUAACCUCCCUGGCCACGAGAAGGUGCACGGCGCCUUAGACGAGCGCCUUGGAGAGCUCACCUCCUUGCAGAUCCUCGACCUGCGUGACACUGAAGGCCUCGCAGGUUCCUUGUCGCACCUCCAAGGCCUGACGAACUUGAUUGCCCUCUACUUGAGCGGAAGCCACGUGGCGGGCGACCUCUCCAGCCUUCGCAACCUGACCGAGCUGAACACCCUCGUGCUGGACGGCACCAACAUCACAGGUGACCUCUCCAGCCUUCGGAACCGGACAAAGCUGAGAUGGCUCCAGCUCGACGGCACCAAGGUCACAGGUGAUUUGUCGAGUCUCCGCGCUUCCACGGGUCUAUUCAGACUUGGCCUCAGCAAUACUCAAGUCGUCGGUGACCUUAGCGAUCUUCACCUCGACCUGGAGUUUCUUGACCUCAGCCACACCGCAGUUGCCGGGAAGAUCUCUGGUCUGCAGAAGCUUACUAAGAUGUCGCAUCUUGCCUUGAGCGACAGCGACGUUUCCGGCGACAUCUCCAGUCUCAAAGCACUCUCCAGCUUGAAGCAGAUUGACCUGAGCCACACAAUCGUGGCUGGAGACAUGGCGGUGCUUUUGCACUGGAAGCAGAUCACGAGCGUGAAACUUGAGCAUGCCAAGGUUUCAGGACGGCUCAACACCUCCUGGCUAGGGAAAGCACAAAUGCUAAGGACAUUGAAGCUUUCAUACAGUGAAGUAUCAUUCCUUCCGGCAGCUGGAGAUAAGGGUGAUCUUGAAAAAUUGUUAUUACUCAAUUCUCUUGAAGAGGAUGUCACAUGGUUGCCACAGCUGAACAUGUUGGAGCUGAGCGGAUGUCCACUUCAGGGUGACGUCAUGGACCUACUGUGGUUGCUUCGCAAGUGCCCGAAUAUCGCUAGCAUCAAGGCCACCAAUUCCCGUUUGACUGGGUCGUUGCGGUCUUUGCGGGGUCAGCGUUUGGCUCGUAGCCUUCAAACCCUGGACCUGGCAGCCAACAAUGUGUCCGAGAUCGAUGACCUGCCGGAGAACCUGCAGGUGUUGAUCUUGACCGGGAACCCCAUGGUGCGCUUCGCAGAUGGUGUGCUACGGAGAGCUGUGAAAGCUGGCACCUUCCUAGACCUGCAGAAUGUUGAGCUAUCCAACAAGGCAGAAGCUCGAGAACUGGUGCUGGAGGGCUUAUUGAAUAAGACACCUCACAAUUCCUCUGACACCGCAGGUGGAUACUCUUGCUACUCCAUUGAAUCCACAAGUCUGCAGGUGACACCUGCGCUGUUUCUUCCAGACGAGCUUUGCAGCUGCUCGCCCGGAUUUGCUGGAAGGGGAGUAGGUUGCACAACAUGUCCAAGCGACACAUACGCAGAAGCCUACGGCACUAGAAGGUGCACACCCUGCCCCAAGGGCAGCACAGCUGACGAAAGCAAGACAAGUUGUCGUUGCCUCUCCGGAGGGACCUUCCACUCACAUAGUUCUCCUGCAUGUCAAUGCUCCUCAGGGCAUGCGUCGAAUGUCAGCGCUUUGGAUGAAGGAAGCGAGAAAGAGGUGUGUGUCCCUUGCCACACCAACCACCUGGUUUGCUCCGAGUACGGGAUGCACCUGAUCUCUGCUCCGCCCGAAGUGGGCUUCGCUCGGCUCACGUCCAACGACACGGUGGCCGUGGCAUGCCUGCCACCGAAAGACAUCAGAUGCAACAGCUCGCAGGGCAAUGGCCUGGUUGAUUCAGAAUGUGGAGCUGGCUAUCGUGGGAUCCUUUGCUCAGAUUGUCAGGACAGCCACUACUUCUCCAAUAAGCUUUGUGAACCCUGCCCAGAUGAAGAUCAGAGUUUGCACAGUUGGCAAGUAGCUGCAUUGGCAGCUGGAGUUGCAGUGAUUGGCCUGGUUUUGGCCUGCUUGCGGAUGCGCUGGACAUCAGCAGAUGCAGAGGCUCCCUUUUCAGCCAUGGAUGCCUUGAAGGAACAGCUGAAGCAACAAGCCCCGGUCCUUCUGCAAACAUGUCAGCUCUGGGCCGUCCUGGCCCUGCUGAUGCAAGGCAUCCCAGCUCUCAGUUGCGAGUCUCAAAGGAGCUUUGAACCUUCAAUGCAAAUUCCAUGGUGCCACAGUUCGAUGGGCUUCUGCAGUGGUGGCACCAGUGGCUCCAAUGGUGAUGUUGCUUUUCUGCGUGGCCAUGGAAUUCAUCAACCAUGGAUUUGGCAUUGCCGCAGCACUCAAGGCGCUCACGCUGUUUUACGUGGGCGGCGCAUCCGGCGCUUCAAGGCUCUUGACCUGCCAGAGAGUGGGCGGCGAUCAAACCAACCUUCCGGAAACGUUGAUGUUUCGAAAAUGGCUCCCGCAUUUGCGGUGCUACGACUCCUCUUUGGACUACUUGGACGCGAUUGGUUAUGCGAGUUCCUUCUUCUACGGUGUUGGUGUACCCUGCGCCUUGGCUUACUUGUACACAAGGCAGCAUUUGGCCCUUCUACCAGGCAAGACCAUGGUGGCUUCAGCAUCGGAGGACGAGAAUCUGGAGCUGCGAUUGAGCAUGGUGAAGGUCUCUUCGCAGGAGAAAGUGCAGUCAACGUUGCCAGGUGUCUGCUCGCGGCGUCAGCAUCCCACAUUGCCAUACGGAUGAAAGGGCAUCGAGUCCGUGUGGUAUUGAAGGAUGGGAUGGUGAUUGCAACCAUGGCAGGCGACGCAUCAAGAAACGACAGCUCCGACCAUGUCACCAAUCUGCUGAGCAUCGUUGGUGAGGUGGACAAGAAGGAUACGGUGAAGAGCCGUGAACUAGCAGAGGCCAUGAUGGAUCGCUACCUUUUGGAAGAAGCAGAGUCUUCCGAUCGCGCCUUGGCUGGAUCCAAGAGUUUCCUCGCCAAAUAUACUCGCUUUCGAAGCCUCUAUAUGGAAAUAAUCCAGAAGUUGGUAGCGGUUGCCUUGGUGUCAGUGGUGGGAAGCGAAGAUGGACUGCAGUUGACAUUGGCCAUCACCUUGCUCAUGGCAGCUGCAAGUGGCAUGAUUCAGCCUUUCUUGCAGCCACAGGUCAACAUUCUUCAGUGUGGCUGCUUCAUUUGCCUCGCUGUGGCGGCGGUGAGCUUCAGUUUCCAUAAGACCUGGCUGAGCCGCGUCGCCUUGGUGAUGCCCUUCCUCUUGAGCGCCAUCUUGGCCCUGCGACCCGAUAGCACGGAGAGCUUGGCGGUGCGGAUUUGGCAGAAGCUGAAGAAGGAGAUCUUGAAGUUGGAAGAAGGCGAGUCUGUGGAGAUUCUCGUGGACACUGCGACGUUCAUCUGAGCAAGGACAUGCAUGUUUCACAGCGCAUUUUGCGCGUCUACACUCGGCCAAAAGGCUGCUGAAAGCCGAAAGCCCAGAUCCUCUUUUCGUGGCUGCCUUUCUCGAUGGUUCUCAGCAAGUGAAGCCAUCUGACAAGGCUGGAAUUCAAUGCUAGAAGAGAUGUGGCCGGGAUCCUCUCCAGAAAUCUCGGAGAAACUGGUGGCAAAGUGUCAGAUUAAAAGCUUUCGCAGCUUUGAGAGACUUAUGAGACACUCUUACUUGACA